GACAAGGUCAGAUUUAUUAUGUACCAGAAACACUAAUCUGUGCUCCAAGGGUCCUAGAGAGACCUGCAUGAACUGAUGUAAAGUGAAAUGAGCAGAACCAGGAGAUCAUUACACAAGGCAACAACAAGACUAUACAAUGAUCAUUUCUGAUGGAUAUAGCUCUCUUCAACAGUGAGAUGAUUCAAACCAAUUCCAAUUGUUCAGUGAUGAAGAGAGCCAUCUACACCCAGAGAGACAACCGUGGGAACAAGUGUGGAACACAAUACAGCGUUCUCACUUUCUCUGGAAGAAGAUGGACAUUCAACAAAAUAAGUGAAUUUCAUCUAUUUCUGAUGAAAAAACCGGAACUACACAAAAAGUUUGAUCUCCAAAUAUAGAACGCAAGAGAAGCCUAAAAAGUGUCUGACCCAUCCAGCGUGGAAGUCCUUUCCCAGUGGGGCUCAUCUGAGGUGUGUGUGGCCCCGGAAGUUUGGUGGUGACUUGGAGAGAGACAAAAAGACAUACAUGAAUAUCAACUUCAGAUCCCAGUUUGACCCAUUACUUGGUCAUGAUACUUCUUUGAUGACCAGAAAUGCAAAUUGUUUUUUAGUCAGACACACUCCUCAUCCCCGGAGAGUCUGUCACAUUAAAGGUUUAAACAACAUACCCAUCUGUGCUGUGAAUGAUGAGAGUUUCUUUAAAGCAUUGUAUGAUGCUAGCCAGUUGGGUACCGCAGAUAAGGACACACCAGCAAUCAACAAGGUUGCCUCAGCCAACAACAUCAGAUCUUUCCAUAACCCAGGAUCAAACAAAAUGAAAAUGCUCCCUCGGCCUAAUUCUGAACCCUGUAAACAAACAGAAGACUUCUUUGAUGAUCCCAGUGAUGGUGCUUUAAAGAUUAAAAAGGAAGAGCUCCGGGGAAGAAGUUACCUUUCAAAUUCAAAAGCAAACAAAAGUCUUAUGGUCUCUGAACAUAAUGAUUCUAAGAAGGAAAUGAGAAGCAAGACAAUUUGCAUACCAAACUAUCUGGAUCAGGAAAUAAAAAUUUUGUCAAAGCUGUGUGAAAUUUUACAAACUGACUCCCUGGCUGUACUCCUAGAGUGGCUACUCCAAGCAAGUGUGCAAGAAAAAGAGUGGGUAUCAGCUUUGAUCCAUUCAGAGCUCUCUGAGAUCAACUUGUUGAAAAACCGGGAGCCCAUUCCUCAAAAGAAAUCUGGAAAAGAGAAAUCAUUUUCUUCUGUCAAAACUGGCAUGACUCCUUUUGUAGAGAGCAAGACUUCAGUCCUAAGCAAGGAAGAGAUGCCGAAAGUCAAUAGAGUUCAAAGUCAAAAACUGGAAAAAUACAAAGAACCAAGACAAGAGUCUGAGGAAAAGCCUGGAUUGAUUAAAGAGGCAAAUAAGUUUGAAGAACUCAUUGAAGAAUAUUUUAGCAACACAAAGACUCCUGCCAAGAAUCUGAAGAUUUGGGAGAGAAAUUAUUGCCCCUCACUCAGUAGCAAAAGCAACAAUAUGAAGAAACCAACAAGGGAACAGUUUGUAUUCCCCAAAACCCAAUAAUUACAAUAUUUUGAAGUUUUGAGUCAAAGAAAUUAAAUUAGUAGUAAAUACCAAGGGGAAAAGGCCUAUUCUGGCUUUUCUUAUCAGUAAGCCCAAGUUCAUCUAUUUUUACUCUCGCCCAAAAAAUGUUUUCAAGAUGGCCUAUAAGCCAUAUAAGCAUGGACAAGUUAUUGAAGUAACAAAUUUUAGUCUUCAAAUAUUGGUAAAUUAUAGAUAAAUCUGAAUGUUGAUUAUAUUUUAAUUAUUUUUAGCCUGUUAAUUUUGAAUACGUAUGAAAUAAAAUACAUAUAUGCACACA